CGCCCCUCUGUUGAAUGGGGGUCGAUCUUACAUGUGGGAUAAGGCCUUCUAAGUUCUGCUGCCUGCCCAGGGCUGAGUGACACUCACUGCACUUUGAAGCCAGUGGCUGUAGUUGAGUUCUUGAAAACACAAAACUGGACAUGUCUAACCACACUGAUCAGGAGUUAUACGCAGAGGAGAUCGAUGAAGAUGAGAUUCUGGCAGGCCUGUCGGCGGAGGAGCUCAAACAGCUCCAGAGUGAGAUGGACGACAUCGCUCCUGACGAGAGAGUGCCGGUGGGAAUGAGACAGAGAGACGCUUCUCAAAAGACAACAGUCCAAGAGUGCAGUGAGCCCCAGUCAGAAGAGGAGAUCGAUGAAGAUGAGAUUCUGGCAGGCCUCUCAGCAGAGGAGCUCAAGCAGCUCCAGAGUGAGAUGGAAGAAAUCGCUCCUGAUGACAGAGUGCCAGUGGGAAUGAGACAGAGAGACCAAACUGACAAACCACCCACUGGAUCAUUUGAUCACAGAUCACUGGUGGAAUAUAUGUACUGGGAGAAAGAGUCCAAACGUAUGCUGGAGGAGGAGAGAGUUCCCACAACUCUAUUACCCAGUCAGAAGAAAGCCCAAGAGGAUUUUGAAGCAGAAACAGAAGAUAAAGUUGAAGAGGUGGAAUAUGUCUAUGAGGAGAUCAUGGAGGAGGUUGAAGGAGGAGAGGGAGAUGUUGUUGUUGAUGAAGUGAUUGAAGAAGUGAUAAUGGAGGUUGAGGCAAUCCAGCCUGUCAAGAUAGAACCUGAUGCAACUGUCCCUGUAGUGACCUCAGAAGAUGAUUUACAGCCUCCUCCAGAAAUUGCAGAAACCAAAGUUGAAGCCGAGACUGAACAAUCAGGACUUAAUGACACAGAAUCUAAAGCGAAUGAGGAGACAAAAGAUUCCACUCGGUCUGAAAAUGCUCCCUCAUCAUAUGAGAACUGGGUUCCGGAGAAAGAGGAAAGGGUCAUAUCCAAGCUGAAGAUCCCAAAAUUUGCACUAGGUGGAAGCACUUUAGUUAAAAAAACUGCAAGACCUUCUGGGAAUGAAACCAAUUUGGAGACAACUUUGGAUAAAAUCCGCAACAACAGCCCCUCUGUUACAGAUGUCAAUCUUAACAACAUUGAAAACAUUCCCAAAGAAAUGCUCCUUGAUUACGUCGACGCACUCAAGAAGAACAGACAUGUUAAAACGUUUAGUAUUGCAAACACUGGUGCAGAUGAAAACGUGGCAUUCGCUCUGGCCAACAUGCUCAGAGAGAAUAGAAGUAUCACCACGCUAAAUAUUGAAUCCAAUUUUAUCACAGGAAAGGGGAUUGUUGCAAUAAUACGCUGCCUCCAGUUCAAUGAGACACUCACUGAGCUCCGCUUCCACAACCAAAGGCACAUGCUAGGACACCAUGCAGAAAUGGAAGUGUCUCGUCUCCUCAAGGCUAACAACACCCUUCUGAAGAUGGGCUACCACUUUGAAGUCCCUGGGCCUCGGAUGGUGGUCACCAAUCUCCUCACCAGGAACUUGGACCGUCAGCGGCAGCAGAGAAUGGAGGAGCAGAAGCUCCAGCAGAUGAAAGAGCAGAGAAAGGUCAUGGAGGUGUAUGAGAACUCUCUGGACUUGCCCCCUGGCAUGUUGGAAAUGCUAGGCGACUACAUACCAUUGUCCCUAUUGCAGGGUUCUGAUAAUGGGGCUGAGGAGAUUCCUGAAGCUUCUCCUGAACCUUCACCACAACCAAGUCCUCCUCAUAAGCCCCGCAAGACUCAAUAUCCUGCCCCACACCAGCAUCCUACUAGUUCAGACAAAGGAAACCUCUUAGAUGAAGUACAUCUAAAAAAGACUCCAAAAAGAAGGGAUCCACUUCUGGAACUGAACACAAGGUAUGAAAGGAAAGAGGGAAGAGAUAAUGUUCAACUGAGGAGUGUUCCUAAACAAAGAAGCACGGCAAGAGAAGGUCUUGCAGAUGAUAGAGCCAACCUGAAAGAUAUGAUAAAGACUCUAAAGCCGGUUCCUAGAAGACGACAACCCCCUAAAGUGGAGUUAACACCACGGGAUCAGUUGCUCAGCGAGAUUCGACAGAGCAAUGUGGCCUAUCUCAAAGCGGUACCUCUUCCAAAAAUCCUGGAGUCAAGAGAAACCAGUCUCUUCUGAGCCACACACUUGACUUUAUAUAGAGAUCGCACAGAGGGACAGGGCCAACAUCAGAUGGGUCAUGGAGAGCGUGUGGUUUGUGUGGCCAAACAAUACCAUGAUGCUCAAUUAAUGGAGAAAGUAGAGUGUACUGAUCUGAUUUGACCCAGGGGGUUGGGAAAGGAGAAAGCUUUACUCCUUUGGACAAGUGAACAGUAACAUAACAAUAAGCCACAACACGGUGCACUUUGAUGGGGUCCUGAACUGUAAAAUUAAACAUGCACAUCUGUUCAUAUUAAAGAGCAGGUCAUAUGGUAUUUUAAAGUAUCCUAAUAUUGUGUUGGAGUCCCCUACAACAGGUUUAAAUGCAUCUAAGGUCAGAAAACAUUUUAAUUUUCUCAGAAUAUACGUUUAAAGUUGCCAAUGAUUAGAAACAAUUAGUUCCAAGCAAGUUUGGAGCAAACCCCUCCCAUUCACAAGCCUACUCAGCUCCGAUUGGUCAGCUGGCCAAGCCUGUUGUGAUUGGCAUAGAGAGGAGUCCUUGAGUCAGUUAAAGAGUGCUACCAUUGACAAAGCACCUAAAACAAUAAUAUAGUGCGCAAAUCCGUUCUUAUAAUAAUGACAUAAAACUUUUAGUUUAACACGUAUGCUAGCGAAUCAUGCCUACAGCUAAAGUUUAUCUGCUAAACAGUGUACACUUAAAAUCAUAAUGGUGGGUAUGUUAGCCAAGUGCUAAUGUGACUAACUGAUGAAACAAUAGUUUGUAAACCAAAAUAUGUUGACUGUAAUGUUUGAAGAACGAAUGACAAAAGACGCUCUGUGUCUUAACAUUUAAUCAGAAUGCAGAACAGCUGUAUCACAGGAGCAGCAGUCUUAACUAACUCACUCGUCUCUCCAGCAUUAACCAUAUAACUGCUGGUGCAGCAAAAUAAACAGCAAUAGGCUUGUUGCAUCUCAAGUCAAGUCAAGUCAAGUCUGCUUUAUUGUCAAUUCUUCCACAUGUAGAGUACAUACAUACAGUGAAUCGAAAAUACGUUACUCUCAGAUGCCCGGUGCAUACAGAUAACACUAACAGUAGAGUCUAAAAAUAUAGAUCAAAUAUCAAAUAUAAGAUACAGCUAUACAAUAAGGGAAUGUAAAAAAACAUGUAAUAAAAUUAAAAAUAAAGUUAAAUAAAGCAGCGCAAGGCACAUGGCAGAUAGAGGGCAAACCAGUGAAGUGAGUAAACAGUGCAGAUAAAAAGAUUUUUAGUGCAACAAAAAUAAAGCUUAAAGUGACAAGGGCUCAAGAGCUGUUAUUUUAUUUAAGUUAUUUUAGUUUUCCGGCAGGACGCGUUGCAGGCGCCAUACCACACAGUGAUGCAGCUCGUUAGGAUGCUCUCGAUGGUUCCUCUGUAGAAGGUGCACAUGAUGGGGGCCGGGGCUCUGGCUCUUCUCAGAUUGUGGAGGAAGUAGAGAAACUGUUGUGAUUUAUUGGCCAGUGCUGCGGUGUUGUCAGUCCAGGAGAGGUCCUCUGUGAUGUUCACACCCAGGAACUUGGUGCUGCUCACUCUCUCCACAGUCACACAGUUGAUGGUCAGAGGAACAUGCUGAGUGUGCACUCUCCUGAAGUCGACAACAAUCUCCUUCGUCUUCUCCACGUUCAGAGAGAGACUGUUGUCACUGCACCACCUGGCAAGGCGGCUCACCUCGCUCCUGUAGUUUGUCUCAUCUUUGUUGCUAAUGAGAACCACCACAGUCCUGUCAUCUGCAAAUUUAAUGAAGAGGUUGGAGUUGUGUGAUGGUGUGCAGUCAUGGGUCAGCAGAGUAAAGAGGAGGGGGCUCAGCACACAUCCUUGGGGGGCCCCAGUGUUCAGUGUGAUGGUGCUGGAUGUGUUGCUGCCGACCCGUACUGCCUGAGGUCUUCCAGUCAGAAAGUCCAACAGCCAGUUGCACAGCGAAGUGUUGAGCCCCAGCUGGAUCAGUUUGUAAAUGAGCUGUUGAGGGAUGAUUGUGUUGAAAGCUGAACUGAAGUCUAUGAGUCUUUUUUCUCUAUAUGUGUGAGUGCUGAGUGGAUGGUAGUGGCAAUGGCAUCAUUGGUUGACCGGUUGGACCGAUAUGCAAACUG